CCACUUGGGAGUUCAAGACCUGUGUGCUUAGAAAGUGCACUUUCUGCCAAUGGCUUGCCAAGAAGCACGAGCGCCUUAUCAGCAAGGUGAUAUGAUCUCCCUCAGAAACAGUCCUCGUUUGUUGAUUCUGGGCGGACAGAGUGGACUGGGAAAACGCAUCGUGAAUGACUUUGCCAAUCACAUUGGCGACGGUCUGGGCUGCGCCGCUAUCGACUGCCUUGGUACUGAAACUAUUUCCCGUUGUCCGGCCGCAGAACGAUGCCUUGUCCACCUGUACCAAAUUCAAAGACAGGAGGACAUGUGGAGCGCUGUUGAGUCUUUGCUAGAACGAAAGAAGGCCAGUGAAUGCGUUUCUUCGGAGCUGGCUGAACAACUUCAUGCCGUUUGGUGGGUGGUCGAUGACAACUUAGAGCUUGAACUUGAGGCCGUGUGGAAGCCACCGCCCGAAAUGGCUGAAAUGCCGAUCGUCAUCUUGGUGAACUGCGCAUUGAAGCGUUCACAGCUUCAAGCUGUGAAGGAUCGGUGCCCAUGGGCGACAGCUGUGCUGCCGUUGCUUCCAGUUGAUGUCCCGUUGAGGGUCUGUGAAGCUUGCGAUGAGAUUGUAGAGGAAGGCCAGGAAGGCGGAUGCCGGAACUCGCUGUGUCCGAUGUUUGGGGCGGAUGUUUACCACCUGAAGGCAAUUCAGGGAAUGCAGAAGUUGUACGAUGAAACCGUGAAGCACCUUCCUGCACCCAAAUCAUUUCAGGAGGAUCAGAUGGAUCGUUUGCACGAUAUUGAUGUCCGAGCUCAGCGUUUCAUUCAAGUCUCUGGUGCUCUUGCAGUGGCUGCUGGAGCAACGCCCGUGCCUUUCAUUGAGUUUCUGCUUUUGAUUUGCAUCCUGAGAACAAUGAUGUUAGACCUGGCCCGCGUCUAUGAGAUUCAUCUGCCAUCGAUGUCUGGCAUGCAGCUUCUCAACGUUCCUGGGAGUGCUUUGGGUAUUGCUAGCAUCAUGCUUGGAUCUCUGUUGAAGUUGCAUCCGCACUGGAGUGCGCUGGGUGGCCUUCUGAAUGCCAUCAUUUCCUCAUGUUUCACAGCUGCGAUUGGAUUUCUUUUCCAGGAAAUCUUCAGACGCAAAGCUGGGAGAGGAGAAAUCUGUCAGGAUUGGGAGCAGGUGAUGAGUCAGCAGGAGCAGAGAGAUUUCCUCCUUCAACAGCUGCAAGUCUGGUGAUUUCCCAGGAGCAUCGUGGCGUGGCGUGGCCGAGCUUGAUGUCUCAGUGAGAGAGCUAGCUGCAGUUGAUAUCAAGUCACGCUUUUGAUACGGUUCAAGCUCGGUGGCUAGGUUUGGUCCCGGUUUUGAUGAUUUUUGGCUUUUGUUGACGGAAAGUAGCAGACGAAUCACCUGAAUUCAAUAUGCCAGCUGCGUUGUGAACAGCUCCAUGGCACCUAAUUCAUAGCUGUAUUGUGCGACCGAAGGGGGAAUCUGUGAGAAAA